AUGAUGCUCUCUGCAGCUGAUAUACACGCGUUUGUUCGCGACGAGCGCGCCUGGAAGCGUGCAGCGCAGAAACCGGGUGGCGGCGACGCCCUUGCUGCUGGCAUGAUCUCCAGCAAAGAGAGCAACUGGCUUGUCUUCCGCCGUGGGACCAGCGACAACGCGUUUUCCUUGAAGUUCUCCAACACCCUUCGCACUUCCGUCUUCGCCGACAGCUUUGACAGUGCUGGUUUGCCCAACACCCGUUCCACGGUGCCGCGCCAGCGUUGGAACAGCAGCGUGCGCUGCGCCUCGGAAGACGCGUACGCAGAUCCCUUGCAGCAGCUCCUCAUACGCAACAUGCAAAAGAAAGGAGUUGCAGCCGUGCUGAACAAGAGGAAAUUGUCACAACUCGCACGUCCGUCCUACAUCAGCCAUGCUGCCCAAGAGGCGCGUCGCCGAAAUGACCUGACGCAUGCGGCACAGGAGCUGAUAGAUCUGGAGCGGUACGAGCGCCACCAGCUGGUGGCGACGGCGAGGAGUCGCUUUAACACUAUGGUGUCCGCAUUCUUCGGGGCCGCCGUAAAGGAUAUGACCGCAUGCGAGCUUCGCGGGCGAAGGGCGCUCUUCCGCGAAUGGCAGGAGGCUCGGCGCCACAUGGCAGCAUCCAUGGACUGUGAGUUCUCCAAGCUCACAUCAACAGCGCCGCACGAGUUUAAGGCGAUCUGCCGCCUCAUCCGUUCCGAGGCCGUCAUGCGCAGGCGGGUUCAGGCGACCGAAGCACAGGACCGCGAUUUGUACGCGCGUUUCAUGCACCUCGAGCGUCUCAAGGCACUGGGGAAGGAGUUGAACGAGUGCCCUCGGCGCGAGGUGCUGCAUGAGGCCGCUGCCGUGCUCGCUCUUGCGCAGAAAGACAGGGCCCGACACGUCGACGCAGCACGUUGGCACGGCUCCCGUGCAACGUCCGUAGGCCGCGUCAACGGAAAACGGCUGUGA